AUGAUCGACCCUGCCAAUCCUCUCAGCGUCAGACUUCAUCAGCCACGAACAGUCGCCACACAAGAUGAUUCUACUACUAGUACAAGAAAGGAACGGCGAUGGCUAUCCAACCUGUACAUUUUCUGCGUGCUGACCAUUAUCCUCGUGGAAAGCAUCCCCGACGUCCUCUUUCCGUCCCUGUGCCAUAACUACCUAUAUCCAUUGCAUGAAACCGUCAUUGCACCCCUGACCAGCACAUUGGGGAUUUGGCAAGUUCCUUGGACCAUGUUUCACGAGCCCGACGAUCGCAACGAAGCCUAUGCGGCCAUCAUUCACUUUGCCAAUCACACGCAACCCGCUCAAUGGCGCAGUCCCAACUGGCGGGACAUGACCUGGAUCCAACGUGCACGACACGUACGCCAAAUGGAUUAUUAUGAAAAAUUGGUCGAGCACGAAUCUGCCUGGGAACCACUCGCUCGACAAUUGGCACACCGACAUGGGAGGGAUAACGUGGAAGCAGUCGAAUUGUUCUUUUUGUGGGAACUGGUAGCACGAACACCCAAUCCAAAGGAACUGCCUUUCUGGGAACCCAUUCGAGAAUUGAACUUGAUCGAGUCGGGAAGAGAACACAUGUAUACUUGGGUCAAUGAGGAGGUUGUGGAGCGAAGUAAGCAAAAGUCGGAGCAACAAGGGGAACUGGGAACCACGCAACAAACGGUAGUGGAGCAUUAUUCUGUAAAGGACAGAAAAGUGGAAUUAGAUUCUGAUUUUGUUGGUGAAAACGAAGAGGAGGAACUCGAUGGUGAGCAUGAACACUACUAUGCAGAUGAUCUUAAAAAUACCACGCCAAUCGGUUAA